AUGAAGGCAUUAUUUUGUGCACAAGAUUUAUGGGAGUUUGUUGAAAAUGGCUACCAAGAACCAAUAGAUGCAACAACAUAUAAUACAUUAACUCAAGUAGAGAAAGACUUAUUGAAGGAAAAUAAAAAGAAAGACUCAAAAGCCCUCUUCCUCAUCUUUCAAGGAGUGAAUGAAAGCAUUUUUCCAAGGAUUCAAGUAGCAACAAAGUCCAAGCAAGCAUGGGACUUUCUUCAAACAGCCUAUCAAGGAAUGAAAAAGGUAAAAAUAGCUAAGUUGCAAAUGUUAAGAAGGGAUUUUAAGACCAUCUACAUGAAAGAAUCAGAUACAAUAGACUCAUUUUUCACUCAAAUCAUUGGAUUGGUAAACCAAAUCAGAUCUCAUGGUGAAAACCUUGAAGAAAGAAGAGUUGUUGAAAAGGUUUUGAGAAGUUUGCCUACAAGAUUUGAAUCUAUUGUGGUGGCCAUAGAAGAGACAAAGAAUCUCUCACAAUUUUCAGUGGAUGAGCUUCAUGCUUCACUCAUUUCUCAUGAGCAUAAACUAAGCAGGUCAACAAAUUCAAAUUUGGAGCAUGCAUUCAAGACACAAGUUUCAAUCAACCAUGGUAGAGGCAAGGGAAGAACAAAUUUCAGAGGUAGAGGAAGAAAUUCAUAUAGAGGUGGAAGAGGCAGCCCAUCAAACUCAAAUGGAAGAGGUAGCAGCCCAUCAAGCUCAAGUGGAAGAGGCAACUAUCAAAUAUCAACUCAAAAUCAGCCCCAAAGCCAAAGGUAUGACAAAUCCUCAGUCCAAUGUCAUUAUUGCAAGAAAUUUGGGCAUUACAUAAAUGAAUGUAGAAAGAAGCAAUAUGAUUCUAAACAACAAAGUGCAAAUUUUACCAAGGAAAAUCAAACUCAGGACAGCAUGUUCAUAGCUUGUAAUGUUGCACAAGAAAGUGAGAAAGAUAUAUUGGUUUUAGACUCGGGUUGUAGCAAUCAUAUGACUGAAAAUUUGGAAAUGUUUUCUAGUUUGGAUGAGAGUGUAAAAUCAGAUGUAACAUUGGGGAAUGACAACAAAGUUUCAGUUAUGGGUAAAGGUAGUGUCAACAUUCUAACCAAAAUGGGGGAGAAAAAGUAUAUUUCAGAUGUCUAUUUUGUUAGUGGACUAAAACAAAACUUAAUGAGUAUAGGGCAGCUCAUUCAAAAAGGGUAUAGAGUCUAUUUCAAGAACAAAGAAUGCACAAUUUUAGACAAAUUUCCAAGCAAUCAGCUCAUAGAAAAAGUCAAAAUGACAAGCAAUAGAAUGUUUUCCCUAAAGAUAAAACCAGAUUUGAAAGUAGAGUUUUGUCAAGAACAUAACACAAUGAAUCCACGAGUGCAUGAAGGAAAAGUUGUAGCAGUCCCCCAAAUAGUUUAUCAAGCUGAAAUUAGAGAUGAAAAUUGGUUAUACCUAAGAUUUGGGCAUCUAAACUUUGGAAACUUGAACUUAUUGCAUAAGAAGAAAAUGGUGAUGGGGUUGCCACUAAUAGAAAAACUGGAUAGAAUAUGUGAAGGAUGUAUUUUGGGUAAACAACAUAGAUAA